AAGUCAGAAGAAGAAGAAGAAGAAGGAGUUGUGUACAGCAGUGACGCGUCAGAUGGUUUGUGAACAGGUCCUGUCGAUAAUUAAGUAUCAUAAGUGGUGUGCAUUCUCGUGUAGUCGCUGUUUAAAAUGAAAUUAUGUUGCCUGUAUUGAAGCCACUGCAGAGCUAGCUGACAUUACUGCAGGAGCGCGAUAUGAACAUGGCAUCCAAAGGAAAGAAGAAAAUGGUUCUACCAACUCGACCUGACCUGCCUUCAGUGGACCAGAUCAUCGAGGACAUAAACCGAGCCGAGUCCAAUGAUCCGGUCUUCAAGUUUUUACAAAUCCCCAAUGAAGGAUUACCCACCAAUGAAGCGGAGGCCCGCUACGUGCAAAGCCGGCACUACCUGGAGCUGAACGAGAGGCUACAGGAGGCUCGCAUUGACCUAACAAGGAGAAGAGAUGAGCUCAGGAUGGUGGGGGAGUCUUUAGAACAAAGUGUGGCAGCAGUGAAGGGCAGAGCUCUCUGACUGAUCAUGUGCUCCUGGGGACUUCUUACUUCUUGGUAUUGACUUACCACAUGAAAUGGUUUAUAUGGGGACUUGAUUGUCUUUGGAAAUACUUCGGAGCCUGAGUCAGUGCACUGACGAUAUCCUGUUGCAUGUAAAGACAUUUUGAAGUCCACCAUGAACUGUAAGACAUUUCCAGCAAAUAUACCAGGCCCAAAGGCAGCUUUGGAAAAAAAACAAAAAAAAGUUGUUCAUCUUCAUGUUGUGAGGAAUUGAUAUAGAUCAGCGAUUGUGUGUGAGAACAGACAGGGUGCUCUUUGCUCAUAACUACACCACACUACACCAACAAAAACUAUCAUUACCCCAAAAAUUCCUUGUAAUUUCUUUUGCCAUUACUGCUUAUUAAUGUUGUGUAUUAACAAUACAAUGUAAUUAUCAUUAUUUUGUUUGCAGAUACCUUGAACAGUCUAAAACAUGGCUAAAUUACUGUCUACCUUAUUGCAUUCUUUGUGCCUGGUACAGUAUAAAGACUGCCUCUUCUUGACCUGGAAUAUUGCAACCUUUAAAGUGCACCUAUUAUGGUUUUUUAGAUAUGACCUUUUAUGUAGUGUGUUACAGAGCUGUUUGUGAAUGUAAAAAGUCUGCAAAAUUUUAAAAAUCAUAGUGCACGACAAACUGAGUUAUUGACUCCUAAAAGAAGGAACCGAUUCUGAACAGCUGAAACGAGUCGUUAUUAAUCCCAGACUUACUUCCUGUACUAAUCUAUGUGGGUUUGUAACAAAAAGCCCCGCCUCUGGUUUUCAUUAGCUGCUCGCUGACAGUGGUAGACCAAUCACAACAGACUGGGACAUCUGACCAAUCAGAGCAGAGUAUGCUCUCUGAAAGGAGGAGUUAAGAAUGAAUCCUUUAGAACGGAUCAUUUAACGAGUCGUUUUAGACGCUGGGGAAAAAAAGGGAAUGCUGCAGUUUCAAUUAUGAGCACAUUAAAGUGUUUUUUUUAUCUUAUAUACAUGUAGAUCUAUUGUACGAGACCUUUAAAACAAAAUUAGGCACGUUUCAAAACCAUAAUAGGUGCACUUUAAUGUCAACUGUCACACUUUAUCAAUCAGUUGUAAUGAACUCAAAUUGCAUAAUGUGCAUUCAUUAUUUCCACUCUGUGACUCAUAGUAUAGAAGAGUUCAUAACAUAGUUCUGUAAUACAUACAGAACACGUUGAAGAUCUACAGUAGCGAGGCUAAAUAUCAAAUCAAGUUCUGUUUAAAUGCUUUACAUUAAAUACAUUUGCAUACAUGGGCAGUUGAACUGAAUGGACACUGAAUAACUGAAAGGAAAUGAGAAUCUUAAACAGGAAAUUCACACUGAAGCUUAAUGUGAACAUUUAUUAUGGAAAGCAAACGUUGACCAUCAAUGUAUAAUACCGUUGGUCUCAAAUACAUUCAGAGUUUAGUGUUUGGCAAAGUAGCCGUAACAUUUCAGUGUAUAACAGUGCUGGGAGAUGGGUUUAAAGAUUUUGCUCCAACAACUAUACUCAAGAACACCAAUCGUUACCUACCUGCUUAUUUAAAUACAUUAACACUUGAACAUUUUUCACUUAUGGACCUGUGCCUCAUUUCUAUACCCCUAAUAAAUGAGAAUUCAA